AUGACUGCAACAGUUGCUCUCAUUGGAACGUUUGAUACGAAAGGUGUUGAAUAUGAUUUUAUUCGACAACAAAUCGAUGAUAUUGGUACAUGUUCAACAUUACUUAUUGAUGUUGGUCUUCAAUCAAAUAAACAAACAUCACCAGUUGCUGAUAUUUCAUCACAAACAAUAUUUGAAAUUGGUGGAGGUGAUUGUAAAGCAUUAAAAGAACAUAAAAUAGAAAAACCUGAAGCAUUUAAUUUAAUGACAAAAGGUCUGACAUUAAAAUUAAAUGAACUUUAUAAAUCAAAUCAUUUACAUGGUAUUCUUGCUUUGGGUGGUUCAUGUGGUACAUCAAUUGUAUCUGAAGCAAUACAACAAUCAAAAAUAUUACCUAUUGGUCUACCGAAAUUAAUUGUAUCAACAGUAGCUGCUUCAACUAAUGCUCAUACAGCUGUUGGUUUAACUGAUGUUACUUUAAUGCAUUCAGUUACUGAUAUUGGUGGUGGAAUUAAUCGUAUUAAUGAGCCUAUUUUAGCUAAUUCAGCUGUUGCUAUUGCUGCUAUGGCUUCACGUUAUUAUGAAUCUACUGUUCAGUCAAAAGAAAAAACAGUAGAUGAAGCACCACCAUUAAUUGCUUUAACGAUGUUUGGUGUUACAACACCAUGUGUCAUGGAAGCAAAGAAACAAUUAGAAAAACUUGGAUAUGAUACUGUCAUUUUUCAUGCAACUGGUAUUGGUGGUCGAGCUAUGGAACGUUUGAUUGAAUCUAAUUCAAUUAAUGGUGUUCUUGAUAUUACGACAACAGAAUUAGCUGAUGAACUUGUAGGUGGAAUACUAUCAGCUGGUCCAGAACGAUUAGAAAUUGCUGGACGAAAAAAAUUACCUCAAGUCAUUUCACUUGGUGCACUCGAUAUGGUUAAUUUUGGUCCUCGUAAUACGGUACCAGAAAAAUUUACGAGUAAAAAUCGUUUAUUACAUGAACAUAAUGCUCAAGUAACAUUGAUGAGAACAACAGAAGAUGAAUGUACUCAACUAGGUGAAAUAAUUGCUAAAAAACUCAAUCAACAUCAUGGUUCUAAUCAUAUACAUGUAUUUAUUCCUCGUGGUGGAUUUUCUUUAAUAUCAGUUGAUGGUGGUCCAUUUUGUGAUAAACAAGCAGAUGCAUGUCUUAUUAAAGCAUUACAUAAACAUGUAGAUAAAACAAAAGUUAAAAUUAUUGAAAGAGAUGAAUCAAUCAAUGAUUCAUCAUUUGCACAUGCUAUGGUUCAAGCAUUACAUGAACAAAUACAAUACAAACCAGUUCAUAAAUCUCAUAAAAAAAUAGCUGAAGAGAAGACAAAGAAGUCAAAACCAAAAAAUCGUCGUGAAUGUUUAGAUCGACUUAAAUCUGUUAUAAAUGAAGGUCGAAUUAUAAUUGGUUCAGGUGCUGGUAUUGGUCUCUCAGCUAAAUGUAUUGAAGAAGGUGGUGCCGAUCUACUCAUAGUUUAUAAUUCAGGACGAUAUCGUAUGGCUGGUAGAGGUUCAAUGGCUGGUCUACUUUCAUAUAGUGAUGCUAAUGGUAUUGUUUUUGAAAUGGCUGGUGAAAUAUUACCUGUUGUAAAAUAUACACCAGUUCUUGCUGGUGUUUGUGGUACUGAUCCAUUUCGAUUGAUGCCUCAAUUAUUAAAACAAAUUAAAGAAGCUGGUUUCAUUGGAGUACAAAAUUUUCCAACAGUUGGCAUCAUGGAUGGUCGUUUUCGUCAGGGUCUUGAAGAAACUGGCAUGGGUUAUGAACAUGAAGUUGAAAUGAUUCGUCUAGCUCAUUCAAUUGGUUUAGUAACUGCACCAUAUGUAUUCAAUGAAGAUGAAGCUCGACAAAUGACAGAAGCUGGAGCAGAUAUUAUCGUUGCACAUAUGGGUGUUACUACAAAAGGUGCAAUUGGAGCUAAAUCUUCAUAUACAUUAGAUGAAUGUGUGCCACUCAUUCAAGCUAUUCAUGAUAUUUCAAUUAAAAUCAAUCCUCAAGUUAUUGUUCUUUGUCAUGGUGGUCCAAUAGCUGAACCUGAUGAUGUACAAUAUAUUCUUGCACGAACACAUGGUAUAAAAGGAUUCUUUGGAGCAUCGAGCAUGGAACGAUUACCAACAGAAAUUGCUCUUGUAGAAAAUACAAAACGAUUCAAACAAUUAGAACUUACAAAGAAAAAUUAA